GGCCCCAUAAAGGCGGCGGCGCGGCGGGGCGCUGCGCGGAGCCGCCCCAUGCACUGCAGCAGCGGUUCUGAAAGAGCAAUUGAGACUGAAAUUGAACCCAAAGAGUUCAGAAUCGGCAAGAAAACACUGGCUGCUCUUGCCCUCGUUCCUCAGCUCCAACUGUCAAUUUUAAUUUAGGCUGCAUUAUUUAAAGCCGUGCAAAGACAGGGCCGUGAAUAAUUAAGAUGGCGGAUGAAGCCAAUACACAUUCUUAAGAAGCUUCUUACCUGAGGUAGCGAGUAACAGCGUCCCGCCUUUCUGCUCCUUCCAGGAUGAUACAGAUCUUGGACCCCAGGCCCUUGCCCAGCUCCAUCAUGCCCGUGGACGUGGCCAUGAGGAUCUGCCUGGCCCACUCUCCCCCGCUGAAGAGCUUCCUCAGCCCCCUCGAGGACUGCCAGAGGAACAACUUUGUGAACAGAUUCAAACCCCUCCGGCCGUGCCUCCACGUGAGACGCGACUCGGAGGCCCAGAAGAGCGACUGGAGCCGCUCGGCCGCCCGGGCCAAGAAGCGGGUGGUGUUUGCGGAUUCCAAGGGGCUGUCCCUGACGGCCAUCCACACCUUCUCCGAGAGCCAGGAGCAGCCUGCCUGGGAUCUUCAGUUUGACCUCCUCGGCUUGGAGAGCAUAACGUCUGGCUUGAAGCUACACGAGGAGAAAAACUUGAUUCUGGGUUUCCCUCGGCCGUCGGCUGACUACCUGGACUUCAGGAACCGCCUGCAGAAGAACUUGGUGUGCCUGGAGAACUGCUCCCUGCAGGAGAAGGUGCUGUCGGGCACUGUCAAAGUGAAGAACGUCAGCUUCGAGAAAAAGGUUCGGGUUCGAAUUACCUUUGACACCUGGAAGACCUACAGGGACGUCGAGUGUGUCUACAUGAACAACGUUUACAGCGACUCCGAAAACGAUACCUUCUCCUUCUCCAUUGACUUGCCUCCCACCAUAUCCUCCGAAGACAAGAUAGAGUUUUGCAUUUCCUACCAAAGUGGAGAGCACACCUUCUGGGACAAUAACGAGGGUCAGAACUACAAGAUUCUCCAUGCGGAGUGGAAGCCUGAUGGCGUUCAGAUGCCGUCUGCUGAGAAAGACUAUGUAGAUCUUCAGAGCCCGAGGAGAGGACAAGAGCGAGAGCCCGAGCAGCUGGGCAGCCCCAGGCUCUCCAGCAGCCUCUUCCCCCAGUGGCAGAGCUUGGGGCAGGUUGAGAAUUCCUCACCAUACUGGUGAGCUGGAGGAGCGAGGAAGCCUUCCUCCCUUUGGCAGCAGAACCGUGUUGGUUCUCCGCUUCACGUGCUGUGCAAGGAGACCACCUGGCAGGCUGUGUGUGCUCUCUGAGCAGAGCCACCUUCACGAGGUGGUGGGACUUGAUGAACCGCGUCAUGCUACUGAAGUUCUCAGCCAAAACUUACCCUUGGCAAGAGAGAAACCCAAGAGAAACCCCCUGCUGUAGAUAGAGCAUGGCCCAUCCUACGCGUGCGCUGCUCUCGCUCUGCCGCAGGCUCUGGCCAAGCCGGGGGGCAAGAGGCUCUGGUGGGGGGCUGUGGAAGGAGAUGGUGUCUCAGCCAGCUGCAGUGACUGCGUGUGUGAGGGUACGUGUGUGUGUGUUACACGGACAGGACAUCAGGAGGGGUUUGGCCGCCGUUGGGUGGGCAGCAGAGAUGAGGUGACACUGUUGGAUCGGGGGCUGGCUCUGACCCCGUGUCCCCGCAGCGGAGGUCGGGGGGGAACCCACCGUUGGGGUCUGGGCAUCGAUGUGGGUUGAGAAACUUGGAGUGGAUAAUGGACAAGUGAGAGGAGGGGAAGAGGUGGGAUGUGCUGUGUGGCUUGGAGACGUGCAGUGUUCCGAUGGCUUCUUUCCAAAGCUGGUCUUCUAAAUCCCAGAGAAGAAACUCUGCGGGCUGUAGAGGAGAAUGCAGGAACCGGUCCAGGGGACAGUGGAGGCAGCUGCUGCUUUGGGAAGGUGGACAUCUCUGUCCUCCUCGGCUGGGUGAAUAACAGGUGUCUUGCACUGGAGGACAAAUCUGACCUUGGCUCCAUCACCCUACUGGCUGGGCAGGCAGGGGGCUGCCUUUUAGCAUUAAAGGAAAAACGUGCCUUUUGAAAGAAGAAGAAUUUUAAAGCCACCCCAGGGGCCAAAAGCAGGGCUCGGUGACGUCGCAGACCGGGCGGUUUGUGAACUCCCUCCUCUGCAGCAGCACCUGGAGGGCAAGUGUCCUGCUUCCCGGUGACACGGUGGCCGUGGCUUUCCCCAGUGCGUGACGUAGGCCAGGUCCUUCAUAUUGAAGCCAGUGGAUGAGCUGCGGGUCGUGGAAGCUGAUCCCUUUACAAGAGCAGGGUUGCUACUAGUUUUUUCUAGACCGACUAUAGGCUUGCACAGAAAUAGGAAAAACUGCUCUGUUUUAUUGUACCUCAUUUUUUGAAGGUUUUUUUUUUUUAGACUUCAGUAAACUAAUGUAUAUUUUUUAUCUGUAUGCUCAUAAUUUAGCUUUCCGAGCUGUCAGACUGUAAGGGUGACCUGUGUUUCAUGCAAGACUUGUGAGAAAUUGUCCAAUAUACCCAGCGUGUGUGAGUUCUGGCACACAUUUUAGCUUUGCAGAAAUGGUGUUAACAUCAAAAUAUAGAUCACAUUUUUGCCUGUGGCUAAGAAGUACAAUAUCCUGAGCCUGAAGCUACUUGCAGUGCAGUGAGACAAUAAAUACUAAGGUGAAAUAAGCCUCUUCCACUAAUUGCACUUUUUCCCUAUGAAACCCCUGCUGUUAUGUGUAAAGUAGCCAUUUUAAGAAUAAACUGUAUUUUGAUACACCUGGUUCUCA